UUAAAUAUUUCUUGACAUUCUGUAAGUCCAUGACUAAAUUUUAGUUUAUUAAAGUCGCAGUAACAUUUAAAAUCUCGUGAAAGCAAAAUUUUCUGUUGUUUCUCCUGGCUUAGUUUUCUGUGCAUAAGCAAUAUUUCGACAUGAAUUCCGUCCCUAUUGCGUUGAACAAAGCGGCAAUGCGCAAAUACGAAGAUCUGGAAGUACCAUGUAAUGCCAUCCUCGCGAGCUAUGUGUGGGUGGACGGUUCUGGAAUUAAUCUGCGCUCCAAAUGCAGAACUUUCGAUUUCGUUCCCCAAACACACAAAGAUUUACCAAUUUGGUACUUCGACGGCAGCAACACGGGUCAAGCCAGUCCGGACAACUCGGACACGUUCAUCUUCCCGGAAGUGAUUUACCACGAUCCGUUUCGACGUGGAAGCCACAUACUGGUCUUAGCUGACACCUAUCAGUACAACUAUCAGCCAACUGUUAGUAAUCACCGCAAGGAAUGUACAUUGCUCUGUGAAAAGGGCGAAGUUGAGGAGCCGUGGUUUGGGUUCAAUCAAGAGUUUUUCCUUACGACAACGGAUGCGAGGCCUCUAGGGUGGCCCCCGGGCGGAUUUCCUGCCCCACCUGGCCCCUACUACUGCGCUAUCGGGGCCGAUAAAAUUGUCGCCCGGGAUCUUAUGGAGGCAUUCUACAGAUGUUGUCUCUUCGCGGGGGUGCAAAUCAAUGGCAUAAACCCCGGCACCACUCCAUCACAGUGGAAUUAUCAGGUAGGACCGAGUCCUGGUAUAAAAGCAGCUGAUGAUUUAUGGAUGGCCCGCUACAUUCUGAGCAGAUUAGCUGAAGAGUAUGGCACUGUAGCCUCAUUUGAACCACAGCCCGUCGCGGACUGGCCUGGUAACGGCACCUUCGUGUACUUCUCCUCCAAGGACAUGAGAGAGGAAGAUGGAAUAUUGGUGAUAGAAAGGGCUAUAGACAAGCUCUCACGGCGACACGGCGCGCAUAUCAACGAGUACGACGCAAAUAACGGAGCCGACAAUGCGCGGCGUCUUACCGGCAAGCACGGCAUGCCGCGCAUUCGGGACUUUACUGCAGGUGUGGCAAACAGAAGCUGUGCAGUGAGGAUACCACGACAAGUCUCUGAAGAUAAACGUGGUUAUUUGGAGGAUCGUCGCCCAGCGGCCAAUGCCGAUCCGUAUCGCCUCAUCUCUAUCAUGCUCAGAACCUGUAUAUUUGAUGAAUAGUUUUUUUUUUUUAAUUGGACAUGUUUAUAUUAUUGUUAUGUUACGUUUAUACCUAGUCCUCAGCCUUCCACAUCCACCCAAUUCUCGCCAGCGACUUUAUAUCUGGAUGUACAUUUAUAUGGGUCACCAAAUAAUAAAGUUAAAAGCAGACUUUCAAGCUGGAAUUAUCUCGACUCAAUAACUUUAUUAUUUGAUGUCAGAAAAUUCAGAAAUAAAACAAAUCCAUUCUUUAGAGGGGCUCAGUUUACUUAAUUUAUUUUAAUAAAAGUCUGUAUUAUCUUUCCUUUCGACAAAUUACGUAAAUAAACAUUUUAAUUAUUAUUAGAAUCAUUACAAACCAAGGUUUAAAGGAUAGAUCAGUCCCCCGAUAGUAUAAGAAAAACGUAUUAUUCGUUAUCGUAAUCGACUUCAAAUUCUGCCCUUUGAUUGGUUGAUUCGCUGUUUACGUUUUUCACAGCCAAUCAAGGGGCAGAAUUUGCUACCGAUUACAAUAACGAUGAGUAGAUUUUUCUUACACAAUUGGGGGGCAGAUCUACGUUCGUGCAUGAACCGUACGGCCUACAUGCAUCAAUAAAGAACCAGAGGGAGGGCGUGUUCAUGAUAUUUUCGUUGCUGUGAUUGAAUCUUAAGAAAACCUUUGCCGAGUGUUAAUAUUAAUUCCAGCAAAAUAGACAAAUAAAAAAUAAUUUUAUUGCAUGAUUAACAUAAAACUCUGCUCUGUUUUUCUUGCCUUUAUACCUUCUUACCUAAUUAAUGUUUGUAUUUUUGUUAAACAAGGGAUCUUCUUAGAUUUAUGCUGUAAUAAAAA